GAACCGUCUCCCAACCCCUACUCGUACCAUCGCAGCAGCGCAACGAAAUCGCAAUCCCAGAAGCAACAAGGACCACGACAACGAACACAAGAUGAUCUCAACAGCCGCAAGCAACGCCCUUCGAAUGGCCGGCCGCAGAGCCGCAACCAGCAGCCGAUUCGGUGCCUCCCGUCUUUCUUCCACGGUCCACCAGCCAGGCAGCGGAAGCCAGGCCAACAAGGCCCUCCUUGCCACUACGGCGGGAUUGGUCGCCGCCGUUGCAGCCAUGCAGCAGCAGGAAUCCAACAAGACGCAGAAUUUCUUCGGAAAAUCCGCCGCCAAGGCCGUCAAGGAAACCGAAGAAAAGUUCGGAACCUACUGGCCACGCAACAUCAUGAUCUUGUUGUGAGUCUUGGUGCGCCUCAUCGACGCCCUCUUUUGUCGUUGACCACGCGACAGGCUGCGUACCGCGUGGGCGAUUCUCUGCUGCCCCAACAUACGCGUUUUGCGAUGCAUUGUUUAUGAUGGCGUCUCUUGUCUGGGAUCCUUUUGUGAUUUUCUUGAUUUUUGUUCUCAUUCGAAUGGUUUUUUCUAUGGAUCUCCACUCUGUUAUUUAAAAAAAACCGGCUUGCGCCAUGUGACCAACUCUGAACCAAAAAUGCACCGAUCGGAACCAAUUAUUUUUCUUGCCCCGCAAUGAUGCACUGGGAUUUAUUUGCUUGCGAUGAAUGGGAAACCGCACAUGUCUGCAACACUGCAACACGACAACUCGAUUCGAUAUUCCAACGACCCCCAACUCCACCAAACCACAAUCCUCGAACCGAUCCGCACGGCGUGCGAAACACGCCAAACCAAAUCCCCCGCCCCGCCCCGAAACCGAAUCCUCCGCACACCAAUGCUGGCUGGCUUGCUCUCGCUCAGCGGACCCCCCGGUGCCGGAAAGGGAACCCACGGCCCCAAGAUCGAGGACCUCCUGGGCAUCCCCGCCCUCUCCACCGGCGACAUGCUCCGGGCCGCCGUCUCCGCCGGAACCGAGGUCGGCAAGAAGGCCAAGGCGGUCAUGGCCUCGGGAGGCCUCGUCAGCGACGAGAUCGUCGUGGGCAUCAUCCGCGACCGCAUCAAGGAGGAGGACUGCAAGCACGGCUUCAUCCUCGACGGCUUUCCCCGCACCCUGGCCCAGACCAAGGCCCUGGACAAGAUGCUCGCCGAGGAGGGCGCGUGCGUGACCAAGGUGAUCGAGCUGGAGGUCCCCGACUCGGUCCUCGAGGAGCGCAUCACGGGUCGAUGGAUCCACAAAAAGUCGGGCCGAUCGUACCACGUCAAGUACGCCCCCCCCAAGUCGAUGAAGACCGACGCCUCCGGCAAGCCGAUCCCGGAGUCCAUGACCGACGACGCCACCGGCGAGGCCCUGAUGCAGCGACCCGACGACACCGCCAAGGCCCUCACGAAGCGACUGGCGGGCUACCACAACGAGACGGUCCCCAUCCUGAAGCACUACGAACCCAGCGGGAUCGUCAAGGCCGUCAACGCCAACCAGGGCAUGAACGGCGUCUGGGACGAGAUCCUGGCGGCCCUGAAACGGGGAUCGGCCUAGGCGUGGUAUAACGUUUUGUUUUUUUCUGCCAAACACUGUAAUCGAU